GGGAGCUCUGCCUGUGCCAGCACCCGGCUGUUGCAGGCCCGAGGAGCGGGGCCGGGCGUUACCGCCAUGGCCCGGGCCUGCCAAAGCAGAGGAGCUCCGCAUCGCCUUACCCCGUACUUACCCCAUACCUCCCUUGCUUUUGUACCCUGGGGAUCAGCCUUGCCUUACUUCCAUACUUACCCCAUAAAACCCUUGGUUUUGUAGUCCUGAGGGUCCGCCCCUCCUUACUUCCACACUUACCCCAUAAAUCCCUUGAUUUUGUACCCCUGAGGGUCAGUCUCACCCCAUACUUACCCCUUAGAUCCCUUGCUUUUGUAGCCCUGAGGGUCAGCCUCUCCUUACUUCCAUACUUACCCCAUACCCCUUGCUUUUAUACCCCCGAGGGUCAGUCUCACCCCAUACUUACCCCUUAGAUCCCUUGCUUUUGUACCCCUGAGGGUCAGCCUCUCCUUACUUCCAUCCUUACCCCCCACCCCUUACUUUUGUCCUGAGGGUCAGCCUUGCCUUACCCCAGAGUACAAAAGUCGCUGGGUGCAGUUCUGAGCUGGCUGCCCUUAAAAGGGUGGGGAACAUGGUUGUGGUCACAUAAGCUGCACACGCUUCUGCAGUCCUGCCCUUGGAUCUCGACCUUUCAGCGAGGGUUUUCUAUUUUGAAUCAGUCCGGGGGCAAAAAACGUCUCUUAAGAAGCUGGAAAACUACGUGGCAUCGAUGGUGCUCAGCGCAGUUGCUGACACGCUGGGCUAUAACAAUGGGAAGUGGGAGUUCCAGCACAGUGGCCCAGCCAUCCACAGGGAGCUGGCAGAGCUGGGGGGGCUCGGCAACUUGAGCAUCGAAGGUUGGAGAGUCAGCGAUGACACGGUGAUGCACUUGGCCACGGCCGAAGCCCUCCUAGCUGCUGGACGUCACCCCAGGCUAGAGGAUCUCUACUCUCUGCUUGCAAAGAACUACAAGGAGUGCAUGAAUGACAUGGAGGGCAGAGCUCCAGGUAUGACGUCUAUGGAAGGCACAAAGAAGCUGCGCCCGGAGAAGCCGAACGGCUGGAGGAUCCCAUUCAACCCGCGGGCGGGAGGCUGCGGGGGUGCCAUGCGCGCCAUGUGCAUCGGGCUGCGCUUCUACCACCCCGAGGAGCGGCACACCCUGCUGAGAGUCAGCAUCGAGAGCGGCCGCAUGACCCACCACCACCCCACGGGCUACCUGGGGGCCCUGGCCUCAGCCCUCUUCACGGCCUAUGCGGUGAACGGCGUGCCCCCCCAGGCCUGGGGCAAGGGGCUGCUGGACACGCUGCCGCGGGCGAAAACUUACGUGCGGAACAGCGGCUUCUUCGUGAAGGAGAACAUGGAGCACUGGCAGUACUUUGAAGACCAAUGGAGAAGAUACCUGGUGAGGAGGGGCAUAUCAGAUGGGGUCUCGUUGCCCACCUUCCCCGCCAAGUACGGCGUGGAAGAGAGGGACAAGUUCUACACAUCGCUGAGCUACGACGGCUGGGCGGGCAGCAGUGGGCACGACGCCCCCAUGAUCGCCUACGACGCGCUGCUGGGCGCGGGCGACUCCUGGACUGAGCUGGCUCUCCGCGCCUUCUUCCACGGGGGCGACAGCGACUCCACUGCUGCCAUCGCAGCCUGCUGGUGGGGGGUCAUACAUGGCUUCAAGGGGGUUCCCCUGCCCCUCUACGCCCACCUGGAGUACAAGGACCGCCUGGAGAAGGUAGCCAAGGGCUUGUACGAGCUCUAGGCAGGGGGCAGCACGGGCGUGCUUACCCACCGCCCCUCCCCGCUUGCUCUGCAGACCCACUGGAUUAAAGCUUGUGAGCCUUUUCUCUCUG